UAGAAAAUGUCUACCAUACACGGAAGUAACAAAAUAAAACAAUUUUCCAUUUGAUUUUCUUCAUUUUACCCAGCAGUCAUGUCUAGAUCUAUGAUACCUAGCCAACAGAAGUUGGCAGAAAAACUCAAAAUUUUAAAUGACCGUGGUCAAGGAAUGCUUACGAGAAUCUACAACAUCAAAAAGAUGCUUGGGACGCCAGAAAACAAGCCGGCAUUCCUAUCUGACAAACAGCUUGAUCCUGCCGUGCGGUUUCUUCAACGCAAGUUUCCCCAGAUAGACUCAAAAGCCAAUGCACUUGUUCCAGUCAAUAACAUCAAGACAGAAAUUGUCAAGUCACUGUCUCUCUAUUACUACACAUUUGUUGACAUUAUGGAUUUCAAGGACCAUGUUGCUGACUUGCUGACCACCAUUGAUGCUUGUCAGGUUUUCCUGGAUAUUACUUUAAACUUUGACCUAUGCAAGAGUUACCUGGACCUAGUGACCACAUAUGUGUCCAUCAUGAUCCUUGUGUCUAAAGUGGAUGACCGGAAGAAUAUCCUUGCCCUGUACAACGUUGCACAUGAGUUUAUGCAUGGACAGGGAGACCCUUCAUUUCCGAGACUUGGGCAGAUGAUCCUGGAGUAUGACGUCCCAAUGAAGAAAAUGGCCGAGGAGUUUGUGCCCCACUCCAGGGUGUUGAUACCUGGUAUCCUGUCGCUGCACGGUGUCUACAGCAAGAAGACACUGCCGGCCGACCAACUGAGAGCCAUGCAGGUGCUGAGUCUGCUAGCUGAGCCCUCGAAAAUCAGCCAGGUCCCCGCAACAACCACGAUUCAGUGUGAAUACCUGUCACAAGAUAUCAUCGAAAGAUGGAUAAUUUUUGGUCUGAUGUUGUGUCACCAGUACCUGCAGGAAGCCCAGACAUAUGAGCUGUGGAAGAUGGCUCUACAGUCCGGCUACAUUGUCCAGCUGUGCCGUGACGAGGUCCUGCAUAUACACAGCUACAUUAUACACUUCUUUGAGAGCCUGAAUGUGAAAGGAGCCAAUUUAAACAAGAGAGUAAAUGAGGUGAAGGAGUUGCAGCACCAGGCUCUUCAAACAGCGACAGGAAUUCACAAGGAGCGGCGUAAGUUUCUGCGUGUGGCCCUGCGGGAAUUGUCCUUAAUCUACACAGACCAGCCGGGCCUGCUAGGCCCUAAAGCCCUGUAUGUGCUGCAGGCCCUCUCCAUGGCCCAGACAGAGGUGCACUGGCUGCUCCGACACUACCAGAACCCGCCCAGUCGCAGGCACAAUGUGAAGAUCAGCCAGGAGGACUUUAUGGACAGGCAAAUACCUGAGCUACUUUUCUACAUAGAAGAACUAAAAGGUCUGGUGAAGAAGUACCACCAAGUGAUGCAGCGAUACUAUGUCCAGUACCUUGCCGGCUAUGAUGCUGUCCUUCUCAACCAACUUAUACAAAACCUGAACAUGUGCCCAGAGGACGAGUCCAUCAUCCUGUCCUCCUUCUCCACAUCUAUAUCCUCCCUCACAGUCAGACAAGUGGAGGAGAAUGAGAUGUUUGACUUCCGAGGUCUGCGGCUGGACUGGUUCAGACUACAGGCAUACACAAGUGUGAGCAAGGCAGGGCUGGUGUUGAAGGACCACACGGACCUCCCAAAACACAUUAAUACAAUCAUCUUCCACACCCGCAUGGUCGAUGACCUUGAUGAAGUCAUUAACGAAGUCUCCGACCUUUCCAUAUACUGUUUCUAUACAACAUUGUUUGAGAACCAAUUCAAGCAGUGUAUGGAGUUUCCUGCCCAGCACCGAUACUGCGUUGUCUUCCCAAUGAUCUGCAGUCACUUCAUGAACGCCACACACACUCUGUGUCCGGAGGAGCGCCACUCUAUCGGCACAACAAGUGUACAGUAUGCCCACUGGUUCCUUAAGGACAUGGCAGAGGAGGUGAACCAGGUGAUCACAGCUAUCUGCGAGGAGCACUGCCUCCUCAACUACCAGUUGUUACCAAAGCACACAGUUCAGACAUCGCAGAAGAAGAAGCCCAGCAAGGACAAGAAGAAGGGUGGAGACACAAAGGAGGUGGUCAAACCAGGCCAGGAGAGUGCUCGCAAAAACAGGGAAAAUUUCACCAGGAUGGACAAGCUGCACAUGGCCCUGACAGAGCUGUGCUUUGCCAUCAACUACAGUAGUGUGAUCAACGUCUGGGAACACGGAUUUGUGCCGCGCGAAUUCUUUCACCAACAGCUGGAAACUCGCUUCAACAAAAUGUUUACAUUCAAAGAUGUGUUUAAGGAUAAGGCACUGGUGGGUAUGAUGAUGUACAACCCAGAGACAAACGAGAUUGCCAAACCCUCGGAGCUGCUGUGCAGUGUCAAGGCCAUCAUGAGUGUCCUCCAGUCCAUUGAAAACUAUGUGCACAUUGACAUUGCCCGGGUGUUCAACAACGUGCUUCCCCAGCAGACACAGGCCCUGGACAGCUUCAGUGGCGAGAAAACCAUCACACACAACUACUCCAACUGGUACCUAGAGGUGUUUCUACGAAAGGUGACGUGUAAUGUUGGCCAGAUCAUCUUCUCCCCAAGCCAGAAGGCCUUUGUCAGUCUUCCACACGAGGGACAACAGGUGCCCUUCGCUGCAGAGGAGUAUGCUGACCUUACAGAGUUGAAAGCGCUAGCGGAGCUGAUAGGUCCGUACGGGAUGAAGUAUAUGGGGGAGAAGCUCAUGUUUCAUGUUGCCAAUCAGGUCGAGGAACUCAAGAAACUUGUGGUCGCAAACAAGGAUGUGUUGGCCCAGCUGAGAACUAGUUUCGACCGGCCAGAGGUUAUGAGAGAACUAUUCAAGAAACUUGUCACAAAAGAAAAGCAUUCAGAAAGAGAUGUGGACAGUGUGUUGCUGCGGAUGACCAUUGUGGGGGUUCUGUUGUCCUUCAGGAGUCUCUCUCAAGAGGCCCUUAAUGAUGUGCUGGAGGACCGUGUGCCCUUCAUGAUAGCCUCUGUCAAGGACAUCCACCACUAUGUACCCAAGUCUAAGGAUGCCAUGAUGGUGAAUGAGCUGGCUUCAGCUGCCGGCCUUCCCUGCAGUAUUGACCCGGUUCUCGUCCAGGUGCUCCGACUACAAAAGAGUGAAUUUGCGGAGUCAGAGUAUGACAUAGCAUGCCUGCUGAUGGUGUUUGUGGCUGUGUCCAUCCCCAAACUGGCUCGGAGUGACAGCUCGUUCUUCAAGGCAAAUGUGGAAGGCCAUCUGAACAACUGUCACUGCCUUGCGAAGGCCAUCAACCAGCUUGCCGGGGCACUGUUCUACCUGCAUGGACCUGGAGAUACCGAACAGAGGCUGCAGGAGUUCCUUGCGCUUGCAUCAUCAAGCCUGUUACGCCUGGGCCAGGAGAGUGAGAAGGAGGCGGUGAAGAAUCGGGAGUCUGUCUAUCUCCUCCUUGAUAAGAUAGUUCAAGAGUCACCGUUCCUGACAAUGGAUCUGCUGGAAUCCUGCUUCCCGUACGCCCUGCUACGUAACGCAUAUAACUCUGUUUACAAACAACCAAUGAAAGGCUCCUGAGGUGACACACCAGCCAAUCAUAGAAGACUAUAGUGAAAUGUGCUAAAUACACCUGGGACUAUAGAAAGUGUUCUAGUACAUGUUCAUGGGACACAAAAUAUAUACCUUUUAUAUGUGGAAUGUGCAAUUAUUUCAUAAUACAUUGAUCUGUUUGUCAUGUAUUCAUGCUUACAUUAAUUUAGUAUAUUAAUCCUGAACUGUGUAUUCUGAAGUUCUUUAAAUGGUAUAGUAGGUAUACUUACAUGUACAUGCAUGUAAGGGUAUGUGUAAAGAGAUGGCAUUAGCUUUAUAAGCAUUAUGAUUUUGUUCAGUUCCGAUGGUAAGGAUGGCACAAUAAUUACGCACAUGUAUUAUGAGAUGAUAAUAGUGUACAUAUUUGUAAAAUGCUAAUUAUGAGAAACACUUCCUCAUCAAAUAGUAACUUAAUUUCCUGCAUCAUGCACCGAGUCAUCUAUACCAGUUGGUUGUGGUUUGCCUCUUGUGACUUGCAUGAUAACAUGAUAACUGAAUGGUAUAUUGUAUGCCAUGUAUGCCUUUUAUACAUGAAGGUCAUCAAACUGCUGCAAGUGUACAUGUAUACGGACCAGACAAUACACGUGUUGUUAAGACUUUGGCAUUUCAGUCUAUAAGUGUUAGGAUAAAGACUGUCUAUAUAUAACUGCAAGGUGUGAAAGAAAAAACAUUUUUAUUAUUUUCAUGAUUUUGUUAUAAUUCUUUCAAUUUUCAUCUGAUAAUAUAGAAUCUCUUUUAAUUUUGUUUAUGAAAUUAGACAAUUAUAUUUUGUAUAGCAUUUUAUUUACAGCUUUCCAAUAUACUUCCUGCAUGUGGCAGAUAACAUACUUCAACAUUAAUACUUAAUUUGCAUGCAUGUCAAUUUAUAUCGUCAAUUUUGAAUAAAGAAAACAAACCAUG